CGAUGUGGAGCGACAUUUCGGAAAGUGAAAUCAUCAUGUCGACCCGCCGGUGAUCAUUAGCUGAGCUCGUCUACCCUCGAGCCCGAGAUGGCUCUCCCAUGCAGUGCGAUGCAAGUUGCGCGCCUUCUCGUUGCCGAAUCGCAUAAAAUGUUGGGGGUUCCGUCCCGGGGCUAUUCCACGGGACGAAGGGAAACGAAUCAUUACAAGACCCUUGGCGUCAAGAAAGAGAGCUCCAAGAAGGAAAUCCGCGAAGCUUACGUUCGUCUGAGCAAGAAAUUUCAUCCCGACUUGGGAGGUUCAGCUGAGAAAUUCGCCUCUCUGAACAGAGCGUACCAGGUGCUAUCCGAUGAAUCCUCGAGAGAGUCCUAUGACUCCGGGUAUGGCGAUGCUGCGAGAAGGAGCGAAUGGACCACUCCCGGAGCCAAAUCCAGGAAUUUCUACGAUAUAUAUGGGAAUCCUGGCGCCGCUCCAAGAGCCGGAGCUAGCGAAAGUGAAAAUUACUACGGUAUCCGCGGCGUCAGGAGGAUAUCGAACAUGACGAUCGUUUGCGCAUGCCUGGUCGUCAUCGUCGUGUCAGGAGUCUCGUACACGAUAGGCGUGACAGCUCUGAGUAAAAUCCGCGACGAGAAAUUUAAGAAGCUCACUGCAAUUCGUCUGAGGCAAGAAGCGGUUGCUAGGAAGAAAUAUGAAAACAUUGAACGGACCCACGCUUUGCAGCUCUUCCGGGAUGAAGUUGAAUCCCAAGAGAUUCCGGACUUCAGUGGGACUUCGGUGAAGGUUAUAUGAGCAACCCGGAUCAUCGAAUUCUUCGUGAGGGGAAGAGUCAUGAGACAAGCUCGUCGAGCUCGGGAGUGGAUGGAGAGGAAGCGCUGGGGCGAUUCCCGAGAGCCCGUCUCUCUUCAACUCUUUUCCCCGAGGAUCGCUCGUCGGGGCCCUGAAUUGAUAAUGUGAUAUAGCGGAUGACUCCGAAUAAAAACGAGGGAGGAAAGUUCACUUACCGGAA